AUCAUCCGCCCUUGGCACCGACUUCUGACAACGCUCACAUUGCUCCGAUAAUCCGCUCGCAGUGAGUGCAGGCGUUCCUCUUUUUUUUUUCUUUCUCUCUUUCUCGCACAGUGCGAAUCUCGAGAAUUCAGGCAUAGUUUUCUUUCGUCAAUCUGCUUAAAUGUGAUCGCUAGAGGAAAAGUUUCGUCGCUUUCUCCGUGUACUGGACGCGGGCACAAGUUGCUCGACAUGGAACCGUCAAACGGCAUAGACAAAUCAUGGGAUUAUCCCUGGACUACGGAAGAGAUGAGGAAAAAGAGAAGAGAGUGGAGCCUGGCGGGUGAUGUUGGACUUCUCAAGCAUCUUCAACAAUUUUCUGAGAAUUUAAUGUCUAGAGCUGACAAAACUCAAGCUGCUUUAGACACAUUAACGACACAAUUAAAAGAAACAAGGAUAUUAGUGGACAAUGUGACUAAUACAUCUUUGGCUUUAGCCAAUACUCAAUUUAUUGAAAGUCGUGUUCAGGAAGAUGACAUAGAAAUUAAGGAAAAUUCUGAGAAACAAGAAAAUGUGAAUACUCAGGAUUUAGUACCAGAGAAUCUCCUAGCCAGUAUAAGUGAGAGUGUUAAGCAAGGUUUAAAUAUAAUGGAUGAAAAGUACAAAGUAAUGGAUGUGGCUUGUAGCGACAGUGAAGAGGAAGAUGAAGGCAGUGCAGUAGUAUUCAGCGUUAUUGUUGGGCCCAAUGAUCCCUAUCAAGAUCGGCCCCUACCAUAUGUUAUUGGUUCCGAAAAGUGGAUGGCGUCGAAUAAGAUAGGUUUGGAGAGCAGUAGCAGCGAAUCCGAACAAGCCGACGAAGAAAGGGAAGAAUCGGAAAGCGAAAAGGAGGACGCAAGUGUACAAAAGAUGUUUAAUAGUCGACAUAAUCCGGAUAGAAAUAUAGCGAGAUCGUCAUCGUCCUCUAGCGAUUCGGAUAACUAUAAUGAUUCAAGUAAUGCACCUUACAUCAACAACAAGACGGAUACGAUUUCUCAGAAUAAUAUAAAUUCUGCCUCGGAGUCCGUCACACCUAAUAACGUAUCAAAGACAUCUAAUGAAACAGAGCCCAGUUUUGCAGAAGAAUUGGCCAAACGAUUAGGCACUGUUCGCCAAGCGCAGAAUCCUGUCGUUGUGGAUGAAGCCAGUGAAUCGUCGAUUAAUCGAUUUAAAAGUGAUUUAUUUACAUCGGAGAAGGAUGAAAGUGUGUUUAACGAUAAUUCAGAUAAUUUGUUCAGCGAUAAAAAGAAUCUUUUUGAUGAUGAAGUGUCUACAAACCUAUGGAAGGAAAAAUCGAUUAAAUCUUAUAAGAGUAACAAUAUUAUACCACCCAGUAUUGACGUACCGCCACCAAUUAAUAUAGUUUCAACGAAGCCAAAAUCGGCGAUCGAUGAUCUAUUUGCCGAUGCCGAUUCAGACGAAGACUCAGAUAUUUUCUCAUCGAGUAACAUUAUCAAGAAACGCACGAAAGAACCCACUGUUGAUGAUAAUAUUCGCCCUGCAGCAAAGGGAUUCUUGAACGUCAUAGGAACUACCGGUAACAUCGCUACUAGUACGCCGGAAUCCAAUAUCAUCGCCUCGGGUCUGUUCAACGAUGAUGAAAAUGAUGAAGCGAAUUUGUUCGAAAGUCCCAAGAAGGAAUCUCAUAAAACUGCGGGUAUUUCUACAAAUACGAUUCAGGAGUCGAGUAAAAAAGAAUCAGUACUCGGCAAUGUUUUAUCGUCGGAUGUCGAGAAUAAACUGUCGAAUCGAAUAAUGCAACGACGGCAGGAAUCAUCCGGUUCGUCGUCCGAUAGCGAUGUGUCAGGAAAUUGUGAUGAUGCAACAAGAAGCAACGCCGGGUUAGCGUCCGCGAACAGAGACAUUUCAAAUGAUAAUACUGCGGUUGUGAAUCGCCGUUUGCAAAUCACACCAGCCGAAAAUUCCGCGGAGAACGUGAUUGAAAACGUUAACAACAGCAGCGGAAUAUAUAUGCAACCAUCUAGCAUCGAUAACACUGUCGGAUCGAGUUUGUGGAUGAACUUUCAACCGGAGAUGAGUUCGACGAGGCUCAAAUCCGAGGAGAUCUACCGCGAACGUGUUACUAGUGACAGCCUCUUCGCGGCGCAAACACGCUAUCCCGCUAAUCUGGCGAACGCUAAUAGCAACAGCAAUAAUCAGCAGCAGCAAUCACGACAGGAGACAAUGCAAGACAACUCGUCUUUGCAGGACGACGUGUUCGAAAACGAUAAUCUUUUUGGACCGCCGCCGUUGCCCACUAAGUCGGACUCGAAACGAGCACCAAAAUCGAAGAUUUCGUUGCUCUUUGACGAUUCCGAUUCCGGUGACGAGCUCUUUUCCGCCGCGAGCUCUGGUUCCAGAUCGCAAAAGAGCACGGACUUUCUCGCAGCUGUAUCGUCAAGCGAUAGGAUGACCAAGGCACCCCCGAGAAGUGGCGGCCUGUUCGACGACGAUAAUAUAUUCGGCAGCAAAGACGCACCGGAUAUCGAUAUAUUCGACGCGGCAUCAAAAUCAAGAGACGCAGCUUCGACCAAUUUGUUCGAUGAUCGCGGCCGGGAGCAAUAUUCUGUAACGUCGAAGAACAAUAACAUCGAUAAUUUACAAAAUAAGAUGGAAUCUAAGAUCAGUCUUUUCGACGACGACGACGGCGAUGACUUGUUUAGCGGCGCGAAGCCCAUGAAAUCGAAGAGUGACCGUAAGACUGAUAUCCUUUUUGAAGACGAGGAUGAUUUAUUUCUGUCAAUCAAAGCGAGCGAUAAAAGACUCUCCUCAAUAGAUAGCGCAUCAGUUGAACCAAAGAUCGACGUCUCCAAAAAUGCUUCUAGUCUGGAAGUUGAAAAGAUGAGUAAAGGCGAUUCUUCGGAUUAUGCGGAUGAACUGUUUUCGAAAGCGACGAAAACCCGUAGCCUUCUGUUUGAGAAUGAUGAUUAUGAUGAUCUGUUCGGCAAAAAGGACGCAGUGCCUAAGCAAAAUAAAGAUUUGGAAUCUUCAAAUUUAAAUCGUGAUAUUAAGAUGACUACAGAAUCCAAAAAUAUUGUCACAAAAAGUGAUAUAAACGAAGAAAAGAAUAAAGCUGAAGUCGGAGAAAUGUCGUCCAAAACUGAGGAAGAUGGCAGGACAAAGAAGAAUUCACCGCCGAAAACACUAAGCCUUCGGACGACUUCUUCAUCGCCAUCCGAGGAGCAGAAUGGUCAACAAGUUCCCCGAAAAUCAGUAUCUGGUAAGAUAAAAAAUCUAAUGGGGAAAAUGGGUGAUUUGAAGAUACUCUCGCCGAUGGAUGCGCCGCCCUUAUGGAGAAAAAGUGAAGACAAGACGGAUGAAGACGAAGACAUCGUGGAUAGAGACAACGGAGAUCAGAGUGUUGGUGGAUACGUUUCGCCUCCUAGUGUAUCGGAAGGUAGUGCGUGCAAAGAAUUUUCUUAUUCUACAACAAUCUCCACCACCAGCAACGUAGAAGUGGCUAUAAACUUCGACGAUCUGGCUCAAGUAGAAACGUUGUCUACUACUGCGUCAAAGAGCCGAGUAAGAAUUCAAGCAAAACGCCGUCCUCAAAGCCGACACGCCCGGAAGUCCGCACUGCGACACAGCGGCAUUGAUUUCGACACGGUCGACAAUGUGGACAACGAUAAUUCUUUGGACGAAAGCCACACUAGUACCUUAUCAUUCACCAAAGAUUUGUCCGCUCCGACAAUUAACACAGCUGAUCGUUUGACCGCCAAUAAUAUUCAACGCUCGAUAGUCGAUCCUUCUUCCACAGACGAUAAGUCCGAGCUAGGUAGCAUCAGCAAGGAGAGCUCAAUGAGUGUGAACAAGAACACUCUUUUGUCGCCAUCCACCGAUGAAGAAGAUCUGUUCGAUGUGCCGCCAGAUCUACCGGAGGAUCCGCAAAGGGAGGAUACAUUAUUUGGUAGAGCACCGAUACUUUCACCGAUUGACGAUGGACAAUCUGAUAGAACACCGGUCGCUGUUAAACCUUUAAUAGAUACUGUGAUUAGAAAGAUCGUCGAUAUCGAUAUGAACGCGGCGAAUAAGAAAAGUUCUAAACAAGAUUCUAACGAAUUAACGAGAUCGGAUGUCGAUGUCAAAUCGGAUACCUUGAAAAAUGCCGAGCAGAGGGAUGAUAAGCAUACAAUCAAUGAAGAGCGAGAUGAAGUGAGUAGAGAAUCCAGCGAAGAGCCGAGUGAUCCUCUGCGCGACAGCAGUCACGAUCCAUUGAAAGAUCCUAGUCAGUUGUUCGCAUUCGUCACAAAGACGCCGUCGCCGGAGACAAGCAAAGGAUUGCUGUUUUCCGAAUCGGAUGAUAGUUUGUUUUCUAGUGGUUUAACAAAAAAAUCGAGUGAGCCGAGCAAAAAGAAAAUCCUGGAUCUAUUCGCGGAUGACGAUGCGGGCGGUGAUCUGUUUUCCGCGGCGCCGUUGAAGAAAACAGUGAAGAAACCGCUGCGAGACACAAAGACCAGUCUCUUUGGCGACGAUGAUGAUAUACAUAAUGAGGACGACAAUCUUUUCGGCAGCGCAUCUGGCAAAACGAAGCAAGACAGUCAAAAAUUAAAUCCUGUUCAAGCUGGACGAAAGAAGAACAUUUUCGACGACGACGAUGACGACGAUUCUAGUCUGUUUGUCGAAUCGUCCGGCCAAUCGCAGAAAUCAGAUAGCACAUCGUUCUCGGAGCCUAAACACGAUCUCGCCGAUUCUCAAGCCAAGAGCUCGAACUUGAAGGAUAUCUUUGGUGAUGUGGCGUGCAAUGCUUUUUCUUCUGGCGGAAAGAUCGAUGAUGAAGUUGAUAUUUUCGCUACGAAGAAAGUUGUUCCUAAAAAAGUUGUCAAAUCCUUGUUUGAGUCAGAUGAUGAGGACGACGAAAACGAUGAUCAUAUCUUCGGUAAGUCAUCGACUGCCUCGAAGCCUGUCGCGACGAUGAGCGUGCCGAGUUCAAGACCGACUAUGAAGAAAUCGGUCACUAGGGACCUGAAGAAAACGGCUGAGAAGAUCGUCGAGGACCCGCUGAGUCUCCUUCAAGAUGAUUAAAUGUGUUUUCUUAUGAAAUAAAUACCUGUGAGAUUUCCUAUAUGCUCAGCCACAAAAGUUUAUAUAUGCAUACACACAUAUCUAGGAAACUGAAGGAAGAGGACUAAUAAAAUAUAUCUUCUGUAAUUACUUGCCACGCAUUUGAUUAAACACUUAAUUUAUAAUUUUGAUUUUAUUGGGAAAAAAUCGAAAUUAAAUAAAUAUAUAUAUAACGGCAAAUACUGUAUAUCUUUAUCUAUUUAUUCGCUUUAUUUGAAAUGCUCAUGCAUAUUUUACACUAAAUAGACUUUUGUGGCUUAGUAUGUAUGUAUACAUAUUUUUUAUUUAUAUUUUGUUACGUAUCCCAUAAAGUUGUUCUAGAAUAUGAAGAAGCCUAUAUUGAUAAAAAAUGGGUAGCGUGCAAUUCGUGAGAAAUUUGCUUCUUGGCUGUAUUUAUUAUUUUGCUAGCCAGAUUUAAAUUAUUUUUUAUUACACGUGCCACAUUAUAGAUCGUCUUAUCUUAUUUGCUGACGAAGAUUGUAAUAAAAUGCAAGUAUUUCAAUUCUUAACGUUUAUUCGGUACACAACGAACAUGAUUAGUUUACAUUUGUAUAGUAAUUAAGUGAAAGUCUCACCUUAUUCGUGCAAUAGAUGUAUAUUUUUCUUUCUACUAUCGCUCUUCUUCAUGCCGUAAAUAAAUUCGCCUCGCGCGCGCUUGUGAUUUACAUCAUGUAUAUAUCAUCCUGAUAAGUCAUACGUUAGAGAGUACAAUAAAAUUUAUUCGAUGA